CCCCGGCGGAGCGCGAUGCGCGGGCGGGCGGGCGGCGGCGGCGGCGGCUGCGGCAGCUUUGGGAAGCGGAGGGACGCGGUCGGGCGGCUCGCCUGACUUGCGUGCCCAGCCCCUGGCCGCGCCGGCUUGCCCCGAAGGAUGUCCGCCCAGUCCAAAGGGACCGCAUCCUCCUCCUCGUCGCCGUCCGAGGGGCCGCCGGCAGCCUCCAAAGCGAAGGUGAAGGAGCAGAUCAAGAUAAUCGUGGAGGAUUUGGAAUUAGUCCUGGGGGACCUGAAAGACGUGGCCAAGGAACUUAAGGAGGUGGUUGACCAGAUCGACACGUUGACAUCCGACCUGCAGCUGGAGGAUGAGAUGACGGACAGUUCCAAAACGGACACGCUCAACAGCAGCUCCAGCAGCACAACAGCUUCUAGCCUGGAGAAGGUGAAGGUGCGGGGCAGUACUCCGCUCAUCAAGCCCCCUGUGCAUCCCUCCGCUAUCCUCACUGUGCUGCGGAAGCCAAAUCCCCCUCCACCCCCUCCGCGACUGACACCUGUCAAGUGUGACAAGCCUCUGAGGCCAUCUCCUUCGGCCAACCCUGUCAAAACUAAUGGCACCCUGCUGCGAAAUGGGCCCAGCCACAUCCCAAAUGGGGAUUUGUGCUGUGUACCGAACAGCAAUUUGGACAAUGUUGCGAUUCAGCCUCUAACUCAUAGACCUGAGAAAGAGCGGUGUCCUCAGGCAGGAGCAAGAGAACGGGUACGGUUCAGUGAAAAAGUGCAGUAUCACGGCUAUUGCCCAGACUGUGAUGUUCGGUACAACAUAAAAAACAGGGAUGUGCACUUGCACAGUGAGCCUGCCCGUGUUCUGGGAGCGCUGCCGCAUCAGUGCCCUCCUCUGCCACCCCCACCACCUCCGCUGCCUCCAUUUCCUCUAGAAAAUGGCGGGCUGGGAAUAAGUUCCAGUAACAGCUUUCCUCCUCCGAGACCUGUUACUGUGCCUCCACAGACUGCACCAAAACCCCAGAAGACCAUCUUGAGGAAGUCAACCACUACAACAGUGUGAUGUAUGCCACUUUAAAAAAGUUUGUUUUUUCAUAUAUAUAAACAUAAGUAGGUAAUGAGCACUUUCUACUUGAGCAAUAAAAAGACCCAGUGUAUUACUCCCAGUGUAUCCAGUGAAGUGGCAUAAAAAUCACAUGGUAAGUAAAGAGAAGAAUUUCCCUUUGGUCACCAUAAAAUGCCUUUAUGGCUGAAAAGGAUGCUGAAAAAUACUCAUGAUUUAGCUCACGGGUUGUAAACUUCUGUUGCAGUUUCCUAUCUGCAGCAUUGUUUAAAAGAAAGUGGAAAGAAAGAUCAGUCUGAAAAUACAGAGUGGUGAUUCCUGUUAGAUUUCCGUCUGUCCAACUUAACGGAGUAUGCAUUGCUGCUGAAUUCUGGGAAGCUUUCUGUUUCGAGCCACUGUGCUUUAAAAUGCCAUUUGAGAAAACAAAGUGGAGUGCCAGAUAACGCUUUUGACUGAAUUGUAGCAAAGACAUUUUUCUCUGCCUGGUUGCUUGAGUGAAGGCACUGUGUGUGGAGCCGUUCAAUAGGAAGCAAUCACCGGACUUUCAGGCAGCUUGACCUUUGGUGAGGGAGUAAAGAAGUAAUUGAAAGACUGAAACGGUAGGAGGAUAAAUCUAUCACACAGAAAUCAGUAUUGUGAAGAUUCUGGGAGAAAGGAAACAGGAAGAAUUACAAGAUGUUGCGGAUUUGGUAAAAUUCUGCAUUUUUAUGUUUUAAAGAUUUUACUGUCAUGGAUGUGUUCACAGUGCUAUGCCACAGGUAAAAAGAAAUACUAACAUUGGCUUAUAAAGUUAAAAUGUUGAUGGAGGAGUAAAACACUUGGUAAAAACAUUGUUCUUGCAUUUGGCAGAGUUCACUGCCAAAUCUGGCUUGUGACUGAAAAUGCGUGUCUUCAGAAAUCCAUUGCUUAAAUUUAUACCAAAAAUAAUGCUCUAAAGGUCACUGAAUAUAUUUUUUGGACAUUAAGAGCAGCCAAAGAAGGGCCUACAAAAACGUUCUGUUCCUUAUCAAUAAUCCUUUCUUCUUUUGAAGGAAUUGGCAUCGUAAUCCAUCUUACCUGAAACAAAAAAAACGAAUUUAAAUAGAUAAGAUAUUCUAUAUCUGAAUGUAAGUAUUUCUGUAUCUUUGAGGUAUAACUGACAAGCUGAACCAGAGGCUGCUACUAUUUAGCAGUAUCUAGAGAAUACAUGCAUUAAAUUUAGGAGGAUUUGUUACUCUGUGAUUGUUUUUUCUCAUACUUGUCAAAACGUGAGUGAAGCUAAUAGAUUGGCUGGUGCUCUGACUGCCAGCAUGCUUAUGCAAGGUAACAGCAUAUGUUCAAUUCAUGCUGUUUGUGCUAAAAUAGCUCAAAUAAUGGAGAUUUUAAUUAGUCUAGAUGAGAAUGAUUUGAGGUUUAUGUAACUUAGUAUUAUUCAAGUCUCUCUCUUGCUCUCAAUUGAAUGUGAAGCUGAUUCCUAAUUUUUUCUCUUCUUCUAAAUAAAAGAAGCUAGACACAGCAUAGAAAUUCAUAUUGAUGGUCUCAACUUCUGCCAUCAUUGGCAGUCACCGCUGCAGUUGUCAGUUUAAAUUUGAUAAAUAUCUUCUAUAUCACUUGUUUGGCAUAUGAAUGAAAGUGCAUUUGUUAUUCAUUAAUAUUACAAAUUGAGCGUGAUUGUCUUUCUACUUUAAACUUGUUUAUUCAGUUAAAUUUGAAUAAGUUAUUUGGAUUUCAUUGGAACUUGAAUUUAAAUUGAAUACAUUCUUGGAUGAAUUUUCACCUACAAUUUUUCAGUUUUCAAGAAAACUGAAAAACAGUGGAAACUGACAAAGAGUGGAAAGCUGAAAGACUAUUCGAGUAACACUGGCACAGAAGUAAAGUAUACUUGAGAAGAAUGAGUAUCUGGUUCUAAGUGGGGAAAACAAUUGCAAUGAUUUCUUUCAGUUUCUGUUUUUGGAACUGAAUAUUGAAGCUGCAGAUGCAAGACGAAGACUGCCAAAGCAAAGAAAGGGAAGGAGAGUGGGUUUAAGUGAGAAAGCAGUCUCCUGUAGGUUGUUCUCAGCCCUUGCUCUUUUGUAAAGUCAGGAGGUUUGCAUCAUGAGGAUACUGACAAGGUGUACUCUGCUGAAGGCAUUUUGUGAUGAUGUAUUAAAUGUGGUUGUUUGAAUGUAGAGCCUCCCUGUCAAAAUGCUAAAAACCUAUAGCAAGAAAAAACGGAACAUACUUCUUCAAUAACUGACCUAUUUUCUCUGUGCCUCACUUUUUUGUCUGUAUGAUAAUGUGUAGCAAUUAGUUAAUUAAUUUUUCAUUCAUUCAUUUGAGGCGGAAAGAGGAACUGCUUUUUCUGUUUUUCAUGCCGGUGUUGCCCAGCUUCUGAAUCCUUCACUUCAUCUUAACCUUCUAUAUAUCUUUCUUUGUCUUCUUGGAUAUAUUAUUUAUUUAGUGUAAAGACAUGCAUCACAUUUUUCAUAGCAGUGCAGUUUGUGCUGGUUAGCAAAGAAAUCAGUAAAAAAAAAAAAGCAAACUUUUCUUCUUUGGUAGAGUAUCGAUGAGAUUUAGGUGGAUGUCAUACAGUCAUGCAACUGGAAUGAAUCAUCUUGUGUGAGUUGGUGACUGAAUUAGAAAGAUGCUACAGGAAUCGAGGUAUGUCUGCUAUAAUAUUCAUAUAAUUCAUAUAAUACUAAGUACGUUCAUGAACUGCAGCCCAUAGAAACAAAAAAAUAGAUUGCUUUACAUACCUACAACUAUUCAGCAUUGUACUGUGUUCAGAAUGAGUUUGAGGAAUAACUGUUUCCUGACAGAGAAUAAGAAAUGUUUGCAGUAUGUAUUUCUUUUGGUUAUUAGUAUUGCUUUUGAAUGCAUGCGUUUUGUACAACAUCCGUCCUGUUUCACGAGUGUAAGACUAAAUUCUACAGCAAUACCAUUAUCUUCAUGAUUUUUAUGAGGUAUUAACAUACACAGAUCAUUAGCCCAAGAUAUAAUUAUAGAAAGAAAUUGUGAUAACUGAAGAUGGGUUGUGUUUCCAGUGAUAUGAAGUGUGCUCAGUUUAAAAAUACACUGCUAGCAGAUACAUAAGAUACUCAUCUUUUUGAUUAAUGAUGUGAGCCAAAGCGUAGUUGAUUAGGAAAAAAAUUCUACCACCCCCAGCCAGUUUUUUCAUAAAUUUAUUAUACCAUGUCCAUUAGCGUGCUGAGUUACCUUGGGCUGGUGUUGCAAUCCAGAGAGUAUUUCUGAAUAACUGACAUUUUGCUUCGACUGUGGGGAAAAAAAACAUCAAUUUAUGCCAACAUCAGAUUCUUCUUCCUUUCCUUCUUGCCUUGCCUCGCCUUGUCUUUCAUCAACUUCUUUUCCCAUCCUUAUUGAAAUGAAGCAGUCCAGUCGAUAUGAAAGAAGAGGAUAUGUGAAUGAAAGGCUAGAUUUAUAAAAUACAUUCAUAAUGGCAAAGAAAUAAUUUUCCUUCCCCUCACAGUAUGGUGGUUCUAAGUGUAAAUCACGACAGGUGGAAGAGGAAUUUCUCAUUCUUUCCCUCAGACAAUGUGAGUUUGUAAAAUAAUCCAAGUUACUGCCGUACCUACCAGCAGGUAAGUAUCCCUUGGCCCCACUUUUUUGUGCUGCUUUAUCUUGUCUAAUAAGUAAAUCAGAACUAGAUUAAGGUAUUAUUUGUUUUCACUGUCUCAAGGACCAUUUUAGUGCAUUAUGUAAAUUAAAACCAUUUCCCAAAAACAGAAUGUGCAAGACCUAAAUCAAAAUAGCUGAAUAGUAUUUUAGUGAUUAGGAAACUUAUCUGUCAAGUUAUAAUCUCCUGCUGAAUUUAACUUUCUAUUUAAUUUGAGAAUGGGAAAUAGAAUUCAGAUUCAUUAGCUAAAUUCGAAUUGAAGUCUUAGAAGUUCCUCAAAUGCAUGAUAUUUUCUUCAUUUAUUAAAAUCUCAGUAGUGCUGGUUUGGUUUUAAGCUCUUAGGCAUACUGUUAAAUUGAAUUGUUGAGUUAGGCAGAUUAGCAAAGGUAAUAAUAAAAAAUCAAUCACUUCAGCACUGAUAUGUAGUCCAGCACCUAAGACAGUAAUGAUCGGUUUCUAAGGUUCUAUAAAUUAACGUAAUUCUAAAGACAGUGGAGAAGUUAAACUCAUUGGCCACUGCAGAGAACUAAAGCCUGUAUCAGUAAUAAACUGUAAGAGGUCAGGUUUCAAAAUAUCACAAUUCUUUGAACUCUUGGAAAGUGGAACAAUCAUUCAAAGCUAUUUUGCUUUUUACUAACUUUAUCAUUUUAAAGUAAUGUUUUUGUAACUUUGUCCUUGUCUUCUUUUUCACAGCACCUUCAGGCUUGAAGGAAUAUCUAUAUCUGGAGGCACAUCAGCUAAUUUCUUGCGUAUUAGAUUCAUCAUUGUGACUUCUUGAAGGCCAGAUCUGGAAAGUAACCAGGAGCCCAACCUUCCUUGGAGCACAGGAAAGCUCUUCAAGUCAGAGCACAAUGAGUUGUGGGUGCAGUCUUCAUUGAGUCCUCUGUCUCAGAUCAGACAGCUGCAAGCUGAGUCCUGGCAAAAGCCACAGCCUUAAAUUCCACUUAGUGGGAACAAAGAAUAAAGAGGACUGAAGAUCUCACCCCAUUUCAGAAACGGCUCUCUAAGCCUGGCACUUGAGUUCUGUGCUGAGCAUCCAGAGUAACAACCAAUGAGCUUUUCGUGGGUCAAGCAAGCAUCCAAAAAUAUUUCUGUAUGUAGCCAAAAGGAGAAAUGAAGCACGUAGGUGAUAAUAGGGUAUUUACUGUAACAGAGGAAUUUAUUGUCUGUGGCGAAAGAAGACCUCUGUCAUUCCUUGUACAUAUUGAAAGCCAUACAGGAACAGGGCAUCGGUGACGUUAAAUUGCUUAUAAAGGAUGCUGCCUCCUGUCCUCCACCCAACUUUGAAAAAGUUCAGGUGUUAAAGAUUGCAUCUCAAUGCACUUCAAGUUUUUGCACUGUCGUUUCCAUUCAGGGUAAUGGUGUGUGCCACCGAUUGCACAGACAGCCCCAGGAGAUUUUUGACAGCAAUGAGCCGUAUUUUGCCGGGGCUCCAAAAGGAGGAAUAUAGAAGAUAGAACUGAAGAAAAAUGUUUGUGCGCUCUUUCACAAUGGGGAUCUCUUCACUGAAAGGACUAUGGUCCUUUCUUAGGCUUAAAUAAAUACGUACAUAUACAUACAUAUAUAUAUAUGUAUAUAUAUGAAAAAGCGUCAACAUGAUAAGGUGUGUCUAAAACGGGGAUAUAUCUUUUUUAAUGGCGUCCAUUUUUUAUCGUAUUGUUGCAAGGAAUUUAUUCAAUUAUACAUGCAGUCUGUUCCUGUUGAACACUGACGUUGUUGUUCCAGUUACUGUUAAAGAGAUGAAGUCAUUUGUAAUAUGUAUUUGGCAUACAAAUUUUCUAGCCAUUUGUCUAUACUUCAUGGAGAAAUCUAACAGACAAGCAGCAUUUUCAGUUUAUUUUUCUAAAUAAAUGUGUUGUUUAUAUUGUUAGCAGUCACUCGCUUGGGCUGGUUUUCAUUAUCUCCAAAAAUAAUUUAAAGGCAGAACCAAAACACAGAAAUUGUUUGUUCGUGUGAAGCUGUGAUGGUUUGCUGACUGAAAGCUUUAAUAUAAAUAUUGUAAUUUGUAAAAUGAUGAAGUAUAUUUAUACAGGCAAAUAUGUAUGGAAAACAAAAGGAGGUAUUUUAACUCUUAAUUUCAGAACAUAGUUUAUUUUAAUAUCCACGUGAAGAAAUAUAGAUAUAUAAUGGGAUAGAUUUUUUAUUAUCAGUAAGUUUCAGCAAGUGAAGAUUUGGAUGUUUAAAAAUGGAAGAAAUGCAGUCUAGUAAAAGUGGUCUCCCAGAUCACAGAGAGAGCUUUUAUCAAGUGUCUCAGCUUAUCCAGAAACUGCUUUUCGUUGUCAUGUUUUCUGAUUUUGUUAGGUUUUAUUUUGUUUGUUUCUUCGUUUGUUUUAGCAUGUUGGCAAGGCCGCGCCACUUAAUCACAAUCAGUUUAAGAAAUUGUGGUAUACAAGGUUGUUGUUUAGAGCAAUCUGCAGUUUACGGUUGACAGUCAUUGUUUUCUUUGUACUGUAGUGCUUUGUUAUAAAGGUAUUGAACAUUUCAGUGCUAGAGCUGUUUUGAAUAAAAGUAUAUAUUUUCCUUUUUUCUUAGUCUAUUAGCUUGUGUGUGAUUUUCAGAGUACAGUAAAGCACGUUGUUCCCAGUUCACUUAAAACAUUCAUCUGAAAUCCAAUAUAUGAUUCAUAAAGCCGAAUAUUUUUUUUUCUUUAUUUCCAUUGCUCUUUGGAACCUGUUAAGUGCUCACUAAGAGAAAAAUGUCAUUUCAAAAAUAAAAAACAAUGGAAUAUCCAAGCCAUUCUUUCACCCAUGGGUUAACCUUGUAAUGGGCAGAUAUUUUUAAAAUGUAUUGCUCUGCUCUGAUGUUCUAAGCAGUGUAUGGGUGUGUGUGUUUGUGUGCAUGCAUGCACAGCCCUACCCUCUGGUGAAUGCCAGCUCUCCUGAAGCAAGUGCCCGAAGUCUUGUUACUGCAAGAGAUGCUCAUUUUAUUAUCUAUAUUUGGGAAAGACUUGAGUUUUCUUGUGACUAUGAAGCCAUAGUUUGCUUUGAUGGAUUGCCUUGAAAUCACCAAAUGAAAUAAUUGAGAAAAUACUAGCCUGUCACAUUUCACAAAAGUUACGUUUAUUUCAUGGUUUGAGUCCUUUUUUUUAAAGAAAUCUAGUGGUCAGUUUCCACCAGUAUAGCUGAUAAAUGCAACCUUUGUAUUUGUUAAAGAACAGUGGCGGCGUCUUGUUUUUCAGACUAAUGCUGAGUUGCUUAAUGAAGGGAUAGUAUUGAGCACUUCCAUUAUUAUCUAAUGAUAUUUGGAAAAGCUGGUUGUUUUUUUUUGUUGUUGUUUUUUUUAACAGAAUGCAGUCAUCUAUAUUUGAAAAUAAUCCAAUAAAAAUGUAAUUAAACAAUUACUACUUGCUAAUACUUUUCUGCUCUGCUGAACUCUCGACCAGCACCUGUGUGACAAUCUUAUUGUAAAACAUUCACCUGAAACUUUCUUCAAAAAAAAUGGAACAGAUGUGAAAAAUAGUGGCCUGGUCCCAGGACUGGUUUUACACUAUGUAUUGCAAAAAUAAUAAAUAUAGAAGAGAAUGGAGGCCCAGUUUGAGAAACAAAUACAGUUAGACGUUGCAAAUGGUGCUUUUCAUCAAUUACUUGCUAUAGUUUUCAACUCCUCGUUGACUGGGGUUUUCCUACUGGACAGUAAAUUUUAGCACAUUUGUACAUGCAUGUGUACAUAUUAUGUCUUUAUUUUGCUGUCGGUGGUGCUGGGGCAAAUCCAGAUUUCUUGAUCUUUGCAAUUUAAGUUACAAAGCUUUCAGUAUUGUUACAUACAUGGAGUUGAUGCCUACAUGCUAUGCAGGUGCUCCCCUGAGGUAAUAGUUCAAAAGAGGAACAUAAAAUUCUACUAGUGUUUUAGAAGGCUUUUGCAAAUGGCUACAACUGAGUUGUUUGUUUUUUUUUCAUAAAUUUUAAAACAAUGGAAGACAAUAAGAUUAUCUAAUUCUUUCAGCAGUUAAAUUGCUUUAAACACAAGAACCAUCAUCAAUUUAUUUUGCUUCAUGAGAAAGACGGAGAUAUGUAAAAAAUAGCCAUUUUGUAAAGCAGAAACAAAAGACUGCACAAGUCUGGUGAUGGUCAGGAUGUUCUGGAAGCGUCCUUCCCAUUGAAGCAGUCUCACCAGGUAUCACAUGGCAUACAUACCUCCAGGGAGCAGAUUUUUUACUACAGGGGAUAUGUGUUUGGUCCACACUGAAGCUCUGCAAUGAUGCUGUGAAUAAAAUCUGUCCACUGGAUAACUGCAGCAGCAUUGGUACCUGGGGAGGGCUGGAAGACAGCUGUAGGGUGCCCCUGCUGAAGGUAGAAGGGGCUGACCCAGGGGCAGCCUGGGACAGCUGUACAGGAGCAUACCUGCCACAUAUCAUCCAGUACCCAGCCAGCAGUGAGGAGGAGUCAGGGGACAAGGGUCCCCUGAGUUCCAGUGGCAGAAGAACAGGAGGCCAGAACUUUUGCCCAAGGGAAAAUUUAAAGGGUAUUGGAAAGACAUAGUAGGUCCAAACUGCUUCCUUAACAUGACUGAAAUCAUGGAGUGGAUGGGAGAAGAAAUGGCAGUUUAUGUUGACUGAUUUACCAUUGUACUUUUGUAAGUUUAACAGUGGUUUAUUUAACAGCAGGUGUUUGACAACAUGGGUGAAGCAGCCCAGGAUUUCUACAGUGACUGUCCGUGAUGUACAGAGCGGCUGAGGGGGAAUAUUUUCUUCUGUAAUGGCAAAAAAUGGUGUAAGGAGAAGGUUCGUCCUUAUAAAAGAAACUUAAGGGACCUCAGGAAUGCAGGAGGCUGUAAAGAAGGAUUGACUUUUAAAUGGAGACCACACAUGAGUCCAAGAGUGGAAAAACAGCCAUAGAUGAAGUGGAGCAUGUGGUUUGAGACGACGCAUCUAUUGGGGAGAAACUGUAGGAACAAGUUGGAAGGAUGAGGUUGACUCACAUUUAGAAAAUGAGUCUGCGGAGAGGAACAAACAGAGUGCACUAAAGAAAAAUUUUCUUAGAGAGCUACAGAGACUACAUUAUUGAUUUUCUUAUGGACUGGAUAGCUGAGGAUCCCGUGAAAGAAGCAGCAGAAGCUAGGUGGAAGCGGUGCAAGUAUUUUAUCUGAAUCUCUUUCUAGAUUCAGUAUCUUCGCGGGACUGCAGAAGCCAGUAAAUCUCCCAAUACUUGUAGUUAACUUUGGAAAGGAGAGUUAUAUCGAAAUGGGAACUCCUGCUAUGGAAGAAUCUGGAAGGAAUCACUGAGAGUUAUGUCGUGGCAGAUGGUACAGAUGGGACAGUUUAAAAUACUGUAUUGAGGGUGCAGAACAAAUAAAUCCUGCUUAUUGAGUAGGGAUUGAGAAAGGGCAAAAAGAAGCUUCUGUGGCUAGGCAGCAUGCUAUCAGAGGCUGCUGAAGUAAGAAAAUGUUCUUCAGAAAGCUGAGGACUUAGAAAGAAAAUGGAAAGGACCGUAAAUUCAUAAGGCUAAAUAUAAAAAUAAUUUCCACAGCAAGAGAUAUCAAAAUAAUUGCAAGAUGUGCAAGAGAUCUGUUAAAAAAAACAGUUUCAAGAAAUACAGAAGUCAAGAAACACUCUCCCUCAAUUACAAGCAGCAGGAAGUCUGGCAGAGAGUAUGUAAUCUCAAAAGAUAAUCAAGGAAAACAGAAGAAAUCCUUGCAACAAAAUUGUUUUCUUCAUUUACUUCUGCUUUCACUGUGGAAGAGUGUGGGGAUGUUGUUGCACAGAAACAUUUCGCUAUGAGGAAACUCAUUUUGAGUUGUUAUGAGAUGGUACAGAACAAAAUGAAGAAAAUAUCAAAACCAGGUGGUGUCUACUCAAGGAUUUUGAAAGUACUUGGGUGAAAUAAUUGAAACAGUAACUAUGGUGUGUGAAAUUCAUUGUUUAAAAUGAAGAUGUGAGAUUGCAAAUAAUGUUGUCAAUUUUAAAGUGAAUUUCAGGGAUUUGGAGGGAAGAGUGUAGACCAAAACGUCUGUACUGAGCAAAUAGAUAGAAACUAUAGUAAUAGAUCUUUCUGAAGAUCUAGAAUGUUUUUAGCAGCACUGGAGUCACUCAACACUCUUGAGAAAACAAUGCUGCUGACUGAGAGGAAAUUUCCUGCAAUCAUAAAAAAAUGAUAAAAAUUAUAAAUAAUAUGAGAGGAAAGGAUGAGUUUUCACAGUGGAAAGAGUCUGCCAAUGAAGUCACAUGGAACAUGUACUGGGAUCCACGCUUUUCAAAAUAUUUUUGAGCAUGUGGAUAUGCUGGAAAUCUAAUAAAUCGUUAUUUCAUGAAUUUGCUGAUACAUACUAAGUUAUUAAUUGUGGUAAGUAUGAGUGGCCUAAAUGUCAGGUUAUUAAAAUGGCAGAUGAAGUUCAGUGAAGGUAUACAUAAAAAGUGAUCUAUAUGAAAAAUGCAUUUAAUUUAACACGUUUUGCUUAAAUUUGUAUUUUGCAAUUUUUUUUUAUAUAAAAAUGUUAGUGCUGUGCUCAACAAGUAAAAAAAAAAUGCAAGUAUACAGUUAAGAAUUAUUAGGAAAGCAACAAAGAAAAGGAGCGAGCACCACUGCAUCAAUCUGUAGAUGUGCGCUUGCCCAUGAUAUUUAACUUUUUAAUACUUUGUGCAGUUCUUAAUCCUCAUCUGGGAUUUAAAAAAAAUGUAAUCAAACACAAUGAGCUUCGAAGAAUGAGUCACAAUGAUAAUCAAGUAGCAGGAGUAGAUUCUGUCUGAGGAGUGACAGCAAGCAAUGAAGUCAUGAGUGGCAUCAGGGGUCUAGUGCUACUGAGCACCAAACAAAGCUAGCUGUUUGCAGGAUCACGAGAAAGAAGGGACUAUUUUAGUAAUGUGGAGUGAAAAUGGAGCAAUCUGUCACUUAGCGCUUUGCAUUGCACGUGCUACGUCUGUGGGAUUCAGGAGAGGCUGUGUGUAGCAAAGGGAAAGCAGCCAUCAAGAGCAAAUAAAUGAAAUGAGUCUACUUCUGGCUCAGCAAUGAGCUGUGAACAAUCCAUGCUAAGAAGGGUUUCAUGAAGAGGCAUUUCCAACUAAGAGCAGUUGAGAAGAAAAGAUCUGUUCCUUAUAGUGUAAGCUUUACUCUAGCACUUUAUUUUUUAAGAGUUAUUUCCAAAUGACAAAAGAAUGUAAAGCUAAACUGGUGUGUAAUGUAACAGAAUUCCAUCAACCUAUUAUUAUUUGACUGUAUUUAGAGAGAUUUUCCAUCACUUAUUAAUACAUUGUGAAAUAAUAAAUAUAUAAUUUUUUUCGAAGACUAUUUCUUAACUUUUGUAGCUGAAAUAUGCAAAUCAGUUCUAUUUAUUAUAAUUUACUAAGUGUAAUAUUGAGUACUUCUGUGUGUCUCUGUUACAGUUGUGCUACUGUUGAAAUAAGACAAUAUACUUGGCAUUAAAAGUGUUUUUCAUCUA